GAAAUUCUGGUGACUAAAGAUCAUGGCAGCCAUAGAGGAACUGGCCCACCAAAUUAUUGAACAGCAAAUGGGAGAGAUUACCCAUUCCCAGGGAGCUGUUACACAAACACUAAUGGAUGGGACAGCACAACGAAUACAGAUUGUCCCUGCAGAUUCAGGCCUCUCUUUACCACAACGUAUACAGAUUGUCACAGAUCAGCAGACGGGCCAGAAGAUUCAGAUUGUUACAGCACUUGAUCAGAGCUCAGCAGGCAAGCAGUUCAUCUUAACAAAUCAUGAUGGCUCUACCCCAAGCAAGGUGAUCCUUGCCAGACAAGAUUCCACUCCAGGAAAAGUUAUCCUAGCAACUCCAGAUGCUGCAGGUGUCAACCAACUGUUUUUUGCAUCCCCUGAUAUAUCUGCACAACACAUCCAGAUUUUAACAGACAACUCUCCCAAUGAACAGGGCCUAAAUAAAGUGUUUGAUCUGUGUGUUGUAUGUGGAGACAAGGCAUCAGGGCGUCACUAUGGAGCAGUAACUUGUGAGGGAUGCAAAGGAUUCUUUAAAAGGAGUAUACGGAAGAAUUUAGUUUAUUCGUGCCGAGGAACAAAAGACUGUGUCAUUAACAAACACCACCGGAAUCGAUGUCAGUACUGUAGGCUGCAGAGAUGCAUCGCAUUUGGGAUGAAACAAGAUUCUGUGCAGUGUGAGAGGAAACCUAUCGAAGUGUCAAGAGAAAAAUCUUCAAACUGUGCGGCUUCUACAGAAAAGAUCUACAUUCGGAAAGAUCUUCGUAGUCCACUAGCUGCAACUCCAACUUUUGUAACAGACAAUGAAACAGCAAGAUCAACGGGCCUUCUGGAAUCGGGAAUGUUUGUUAACAUUCAUCAGUCUGCAAUAAAAAGUGAGCCUGCUGUGCUGAUGACUCCGGAUAAGGUUGAAGCAUGUCAGGGAGAUUUAAGUACUCUGGCAAACGUCGUGACUUCAUUAGCAAAUCUCAGUAAAUGCAAAGACAUGUCACAAAGCAGUACAGAGCUAUCUAUGAUUGAGAGUUUGAGUAAUGGAGAUGCAUCAUUAUCUGAACUCCAGCAAGAAGAACAAGCUAGCAGUGAUGUUACAAGGGCAUUUGAUACUCUUGCAAAAGCAUUAAAUCCAGGAGAGAGUGCGGCGUGUCAGAACUCUGAAAGUAUUGAAGCCGGUGUACAGCUGAUUGGUGGAGAAACGAGCAUGAAUAUCGUUGAAAUAGAGGGGCCACUACUCAGUGAUGCACAUGUAGCAUUCAGGGAUAACAGCAUAUCAUUAGUAAAAGCCUGCUGGAACGAACUUUUUACGCUUGGUCUUGCACAAUGUUCACAAGUUAUGAAUGUGGCAACUAUAUUAACUGCAUUUGUUAAUCACCUUCACGGCAGUUUACAGCAAGAUAAGCUGCCAACAGACAGAGGAAAAUUAGUAAUGGAGCAUAUCUUCAAACUGCAAGAGUUCUGUAACAGCAUGGUUAAGCUUUGCUUAGAUGGAUAUGAAUAUGCGUAUUUGAAAGCGAUCGUCCUCUUCAGUCCUGAUCACCCAGGUCUAGAAAAUGUGGUACAGAUUGAGAAAUUUCAAGAAAAGGCUUACAUGGAAUUCCAAGACUAUGUAACAAAAGCAUAUCCAGAUGAUACUUACAGACUGUCUAGACUUCUUCUCCGAUUGCCUGCUCUUAGGCUGAUGAGUGCUGCCAUCACCGAAGAGCUGUUUUUUGCAGGACUAAUUGGAAAUGUUCAGAUAGAUAGCAUCAUCCCAUAUAUUCUGCGAAUGGAGACAGCGGACUACAACUCCCAGAUAAUUGGUCAUGCCGUAUAAAAGUAGCAGUCAAGGAUUCUGUACCAUGGCAGUCAUGGUGAUGUAAAUGCAUACCCUGUCUCCAAGAGAUGGCAAUAAGCCUUCCCGUGCACCUUUCCAAAGAAGGCUGAUAUUCCUCCUUUCCAGUACACUUGGGAAACGUGGUGGAGUGUAUUAAGGAAUAUAGGAUCGCUUCCUAUUUUUCAUCUGAUCUUCACGGACUUGUAAAUUAACUUGAUAUCUGAAGAAAGUCAAGAAUUGUCCAUCCUAUUUUUGUAGAUAGAUGAACUUGGAAUAUUUGUUUAUGGAGUCCAGGCUUGUGAAGAAACUGAAGCAGCUUUGACUGGACUAAGGUAUCUGAACUUAGUUUGAUGUUUUAGAAAAAUAAAUUAACUUUCCUCUCUGAGUUGUGUUUUCAGUGUUUUGCUACUAGUUCCUUCUCACUGAUAGAAUGGAAAAUACAUGAUCAAACAUCAAAAAGACCGGUGUUUCCAUGGAAACAAGACGGUGAUAACUAAACAUAGUUGUUCCUGUUGUUUUGAAGAGAGAUUUGUUUCUUGUUGAACGAAAACACUGGACACCAUUACAAGUGCAGGGAAAGUAGAGGAAGUUCACAUUUUAAAAUACCCUGAUGAUAUGUUGAUGCAGUUGAUCAAAAGUGACGCAGCAAAGGGUAGGUACUGACUGUUUUGUGGAUGCAAAGGAAUACUGUGUUGUAGUAGUAUGUCUUGGUAGACAUCAGCUGGUUUAUACUAUGAAAACUAACAGGGAAGUGUAUACUGCAGGUAUUCAAAGACAGCACCCUCCUGUUUUUUCUGGUCUCAGAAGUUAGAGCUUUUUCACACUACCCCUCCCUCUAUCUUACUCAGCGCACAACAAUGGAAGCGUUCUAGAUGCCUCUUAACUUGUGUUCAUGUCUUUAUUUUUUUUAUUAUUGUCAGCCUUUGGCUAUGUAGUUCUCUUCUCCAACCAGUCUCGUAUGAUUAUUUUUUAAAUUCGAGUUUGUCAAAUCCAGUGCCCCUCCCUAUGGGAGCAUGGUCUCUGCUGCUUUUCCUUUCCUUAUUAGAAAUGGGUCUAGAUACUUCAUAUAUGUUGCCUGAAUCAUACUCCACAGCUCCAUCUAAGGAUGGGUUUAAAUGUUUUUCUGUCUUGAGGCAUGUGCCUCACUGACAAGUAACAUUGACAUAUGGUUGUUCUUGCUUCCUUUUGCAUCAGGAAGUUAAACAUUCCUAGCGCGUUUAAUACCCAUUGCUUAAAAUGAGAGGAGUAUCCUAGUAAAAGUGGUGGUCUACCUGUGACACUAGCGUUUAGGAUUAUCUAAAUCUUGAAUCAAGGCUGAGUUCUGUUUAUCAUAAACCUUCUCUUUCUCUUGCAACACUGGGUGAAGAAGAGCCUCACCCAAUCAAGAAACACAUGGUUGCACCAGAAAUUGCUUAGCCAAAAGAUGAGCUUAAAUGGGGGCUUUUGCCCACUCUGCACUGGCAGCUCCAAGGCCACCCUAACACCAAGAGACUACUAGAUGAGGCUUGGAUGAGUUCUGUGGGUUUUCUUAGCACCUGAAGAUCUCAACCAGCCAAAAAGAAUCAGAGAACUGCCUCUGGCACUGAAUUUCUGUGGUUUUUUUCGAUUCUGCUCACUGAGCUGCUUGGAUCUUCCUCCACCCAAACUCUGUAAUCUGAGGCUGUACUACAGGACCGGUCAUAUCCAGUACCACAGACCAAAGCACUCGGUGCUGAGGGCCCUUGAUGGGAUGGAAGCACCCCCCCUUGCUCUGCUUUGGCACUUACAGACUUGCUGGAGGGCAGCUUUCAGUGUUGGAGCUGGCCAUGGCAGCUGAGCUUAUCCCACAUUCCACCUUCCGAAGGGUGCAGGAUUCAAGCUCUUCAUCUGUGUUCCCUGGAGAGCAGUGUGAGGACUACUCCUCUGCGUUUCAGGAGGUAUGCACCUCAUCAGCAGGGCUUAUGGAAAUCUGAAAGACAGUUGCUGCCAAUAUGCUGUGCUUGUUCUCUCCCUGGGGGUUAGAGGCCUGUCUUGCUAUCCGUGGGACCAGGUUGCAGGUGGGGAGGUACAUCAUUCUUCAGCUCAGCUCUCCUUAGAAAUUAUGACCCUGCUUUCUAGCCCUGUGCUACUCCUAACCCAAUUCUGGCCCCAACAGGCAUGGGACAUUUGCAGUCCUCUGGGGUAAACCUUUUAAGGAAGCUGACAGCACAUCACUCCUGAAUAUUUUGGAGGUGGUUUCCUAGGCAUUCCAAUACUCUUUGAAGUUUUUUACUCCAAUAUUCUCAAGAUUCAUGUAACCCAGAUAAUAGUAAGAUGGAAAUAAAAGCUUGGGUUCCUUCUGAAUGCAGUACGUUGUGCAAAUCUCUCUCACAUCCUUGCAGAAAUCUUCCACCCUGCAGCUUGAGCCUCAGGUGUGAUUUACAGUUCUUUGUUUACAGCUGGCCAAAAGAUUCAGCUGAUGCAGCCUCUUGCGUGGUACCAUCCAGCUGCAGAAACAGCUGGGAAAAUACCACUAUUUCUAUUGACGUAAAUAUUUAGCAAUUGAAUCCCUCGGCUCAUCCAACUUUAUCAUAGAACCGCCCAGGUUUGAAGGGACCUUGAAAGGUCAUCCAGUCCAACCUUCCGUGGGAAGGGGAGCCUAGAGGAGAUGAUCUAGCACCCUGACCGAUCACAUCUUGAAAACCUCCAGUGAAGGAGACUCCACCACAUCCCUGUGGAGUUUGUUGCAGCAAUUGAUUGUUCUCAGCAUAAAAAAUUUCUUUCUUACAUUGAGAUCUCCAAGACUUUUCAAAGAUUAUACACAGUGGCCUUGCACCAGUGUCAGCCACUUCUUUUAAUACCCUAGGGUGGAUUUCCUCUGGGCCCAUGGAUUUAUGUGGAUCGAGCCCUUGCAAGAGGCUGCACACCAGCCCUUCCUCUGCUACUGCUUGGGUCAACACGUGCAUUGUCAUAGCCACUUGAUCCUGUGCUCUUCAAUCCAGCUAUGCUGGCAAAGACAGAGGCAAAGAAGAUAGCGAGAACCUCUGCCUUGUCAGCAUUAUUAGUGAGUAGGUUUUCUGCCCUGUUAGGCAAUGGGUCUGUGUCUCCCUUGUGCUUCUGCUUACUGCUCACAUAUCUGAAGAAUGCUUUCCUGUUGGUCUUGACAUCUUCAGCCAAUUUCAGUUCUAGCUGAGCCUUAGCUUUCCUGACCACAUGCCCUAGCAAGGUUCCUGUAUUCCUUGAUGGGUAUUUAGCUGCCUUUCUAUAGCCAGUAUACUUCUGUUUUGCUUUUUGGGGCUUUUUUUGCUUUUUUUGUCAGAGCACUAUUUUAGAGGAGAUGGCCUCAGACCCUUACUUUCUCUGGAUUUCUGUUCUUGCUUCCUCUUUGUGCCCUAGUCUGAAUACAAGUUAGCCUACUUCAGUAACGUCUGGACUGCCAUUACCACUGACUGCUGGGUCAAGACUACUUAGGAUGUGUUAACUCAAAAGCACAAGAACCUUGGUCAUGUUUCACAUCAGGUUGUUUAAAUUCAUGUGUUUGAAACAUGUCCUUGCUGUUCUUUUUGAUGCCCAUCACCUCUGCUGGGCAGCAGAAGAUCCAAAGCCCAAUGGCUGAGUUUUUCCCCUCCCACAUGCAAAUCCCUUGGACUUCAUCUGGCAUAUCUGCCAGAUCACAGAAUCAGGAAAUUCACCCAUCCAUGUUUUUCUUGUUAAAUGCUGUAUUUUCAGGUCUGAGAUUUCCUGUCACGUGUUGGGUAGCAAGAGAACAUUGUCUUCUUAUUCGCAUGGGACAGAGACUUUCAGAGUAUCUUUAAUCUAGUUCUCUUGACCAGCUGAGAAAUCAAACAGGAUAACCGUCUCCAAACUAGGUAACGGGCUGUAUUGCGUCUCUUGAACAGUAUGGUUGAGUCCCCAUCAGGGGUCAGGAGAUACUCUUCAUAGUUCUCAGACUACAUUUGAGGCUUUGCUCAAUAAUAUCUCUUUCACAUCUUUGCAAACUGGACAACUAGUUCAAGAAAUCAACCAAAGACCAAAGAAGUUUCUGCCAGCCACCUUUUUCUAAGAAUACUGGGAUGCUUAAUUAUCUGUGGUGUGGCCAUGUACAUGGCUAUGUACGUAAAGAAAAGUUGCCUGUCUCAAAGAGCUCCUAGCUACUUGUGUGAUGUCCAUAUAUGCCAUAACCACAUACCCUUCUCCCAGGCUAUGUGUGGCUGACAGAAUAUUGUAACUGCUUGCUGUCAAGGCAAGGAAAAGGGAGAGAUACGAGUACACACCGGGGCCAAACCCCCCCAUUUUAUGUUCUUGGAUACCUCUGAUGUUUGGACCUCUGUAGAGCAAACGUGCAUUCACACAACGCAUUGCAAAGAGCUCUGGCUACUGGUAAGUAACCUUUUUUCCCCAAAAGUUUUCUUACAUUUUUUCAUAAUAAUAAAUUUUCAUCGUAAGUUCAGUAUUGAUUUAAAGGCAGGGUGCAACCGGCCUGUGCUGCCUGGCAAGUAAUCUCUUUUGGCUUCAUGAUGACCUAGAAGGUAGGGAAUCCGUACUGCAGGUUGUUGCUUCAGUGUUACUCACUUUGCUCAUCAAGAUUUUUCAUUAAUCAUUUAAAAAUAAUUUCAUUAAUCAUUCUUCAACUAUCAAGUCACGCUUUUGAUAAGGAAUGAGGUAUAACUGGGUUUUCUCAGGAAUGGGAGCUUUAAAACAGGUAAAUUAAUACAGGGAUGAACAUGGGUUUUCCUUAUUUCUGGAUGUGAAGCGUGGCAGUCAUCUGAGAAUAAUGCAGCAGCUCAUUAGGCUGAGCAGCGACAUUCUGGG